UUAGGUUUGGGUUACACCUCAAUCGCUUUACAAGAUGCUAAGGCAAAAUACACUAUUUUGGCAUCUAAGUGAGCAACAACACGUCCCGAAAAAACGGUGUAUAAUAUAACCACAUCACAAUGGAUGAAGGAGCUAAGAUGCAGACAUGUCAUCUUCUAGACUUGCCCUGGGAGGAUGUACUUGUUCCACAUAUCUUGUGUUAUUUGCCGCUGCAAAACCUCGUCAGCCUGCAGAGGGUGAGCAAAGAGUUCCAGAGCCUCAUCCAGGUGUACCUUGCCAAUUGCAGGACCUUUAAUCUGUCCUCGAUAGGACCAUCUAUUCCCAGGGAAGCAUUUUGCUCCAUGUUAAAGGACAAUAAAGUUCUCCAGAAAUUGUCACUCCAGAACUGUUCUGACUGGGUGACAGACAAGGAGCUGCUUCCAGUAAUUGGCCAAAACCAGCAUCUGCAGAAAGUGGACAUGAGCGGAUGCGUCUGCCUCACCCGCCACUCUCUGGUGGCCGUGUCCUUGAGCUGCAUGCAUCUCCAGCAUCUUGGCCUGGCACAUUGCGAAUGGGUGGACAGUCUGUCCAUGCGCAGCCUGGCUGACCACUGCAGGGGGCUGCAGUCCAUCGACCUCACCGCCUGCCGCCAGCUGAAGGACGAUGCAAUCUGCUACUUGGCCAAAAAGUGUUUGGAGUUGAAGUCUCUAUCACUGGCAGUCAAUGCCAACAUUACAGACGAGUCAGUAGAGGAAGUGGCCAAGAACUGCAGGGGCCUGGAGCAGCUGGACCUGACGGGUUGCCUGCGGGUCAGGAACCAGUCCAUCAGGACUCUUGCAGAGUAUUGCCCGAAGCUGCAGUCCCUGAAGGUGAAUCACUGUCACAAUGUGACAGAGUCAAGCCUCGAUCCUCUACGAAAGCGCAAUGUAGUGAUUGAUGUAGAGCCGCCUUUUCAAAGGGCUCUGGUGCUUCUUCAGGAUGUAUUGGGAUUUGCUCCCUUUAUCAAUCUACAGAUAUAGCCAGAGAGGAAUCAAUGUCCAAGUGCACACAGCAUGUGCCUUACUUUAUUACAGCUGUUACUUUAAGCUGCAUCACAUGGACACGUGUUGCUGGGAGAAUCUUCGUGAAUCCCCUACUUUAUGAAGACCUGGAUGUGCUCUACUCAGAUUUGUGUGACACGUAAUGUGGACAAAAACCUGCUGGUGAUGUGCUCAAUGAUGCAAAUGUAAGAUGUAAUAAAUUAAGUUGCAAAUUAAAGAAGAAAGACUUGCACUUUAAUGUGUUCCUGCCUCAUGUCCAAAAGAUGUCACUGCAUUGUUUCUUUAAUCAUUUAUCAUUGUGACGUUUCUAACCAAAGUAUAGCAAAUUGUUUGUUGUAUUUAAAACAAAGUACAAAACUGUUGUUUCAUCUACGAACAUGAACACAAUGCUUGAAUUGAAUUAAACAUUUCAUUUUGCAUGUGUUUUCUUGCUUAAAGGGUAAAUUAAUCCAAAUUGUACCACACAUAAAAGUUUAAUCUCCACCAACAAACAUCUAAGGUGGAUGUAGUGUUUGUGUUGCUGCCCAUGUCUUUUCCAGAAAGCUUGUCCUGUUGUUGUUUUCAGCCGUUUUCUAUAGAAAACUCAGACUAUUUGCCAGGAUAAGGGCAACCAGAGAUAAGUUGAUGAACAUAAUCUUUUAAAAUGAAAUUUCUGCAAGUGCACAGCCUUACUGUUUUAGUGAAAUAUGAUAAUUUAUUAAAACUGUUUCCCACUGAGUGUCUAAAUUAAUUUUGUUUAAUGAACUUGUUGAAAUGCUGCUGCACUGUGUUGCAGUACAUUAAAUGUAUACAAAAUAUUAAAUUGGAAAAUAUCACCAGAAAUGACUGUUAUCAUGUUUCUGCUGCAUGAAAAGAAAUAAAUCUGUUGUAAUGUUAA